CGUCUCUCGGCGUGCCAUGUGUCACUCUCGCAGCUCUCUCCCCACCAUGACUGGCCUGCGGAUCCCAGCUUCUGCCCCCUCCACCAGCCCAGGACUCCGGCGGGGCUCUGGCCCGGAGAUCUUCACUUUCGAUCCUCUCCCUGAGCCGGCGGUAGCUCCCGCCGCACGCCUCAGCGCCUCUCGCGGGCACCGAAAGCGCAGCCGCAGGGUCCUCUACCCUCGAGUGGUCCGGCGCCAGUUGCCAGCCGAAGAAUCGAACCCUGCUAAAAGGUUCCUGUUUGUCCUACUCACCAUCAUCUUCUGCCAGAUCCUGAUGGCCGAAGAGGGUGUGCCGGGGCCCCUGGUCUUGGAGGACUCCCCCAGAGUUGCGUCCUCUACGCCCAUCCCCGCGCCGGUCUCUGCGCCUCCAGUCCUCGAGCCCUUUAAUCUGACCUUGGAACCCUCAGACUACUCUCUGGACCUCAGCACGCUCCUCCAGCAACACCCAGCUGCCUUCUAACCGUGACGCCUCACCAUCCCCAAACAAGAAUCUGAGAAACCAAAGAAACACCAGGUGUAGCUGGUGCGUAUCCCAAACUGGGACUUUCAAGGCAACUUGAAGUUACAACACUACAGCAGAGAGAGACGCCUGCCGGUGCUUGGGGCGAGACUGAGGCGCUGACAAGCCCAGGCUAAGCCCAGUGGAGAAAAGCGGCGUUAAUUUAUUUCUCAGUGCUUCUAAUUAGUAUUUAUAUGUAUUUAUGUAUAUCCCUCUAGGUGAUGGAGGGAUGUAUAUGUGAUAUUUAUUUUAACUUAUGCAAGGGUGCGAGAUGUGCUCCCCUGCUGUAAAUGCAGAUACUCGGUAUUUAUUGAGCUUUGUGGGAUUGGUGGAGGCAGCGCGCCUAGAAUUGAGGCAGAGUGGGGGAGUAAAGGGGAAACUGGCUGGGAGGACGCUUAGCCUGGGAGUCAGGCACGGUGGUGGGUCGUAGGUUUAGGCAGUGACAACCCGUUCUUCAGCAUCUCAACUCUGGGGGUCUACUGUGUAAGGCUUCGGCAGACUGUUGGAGAUCUCCUCAAAGCUGUCACUGAGGGGAGACUGCGAGCUAUCAAGGGGCGACUGUCAGGGUCACCCAGUAUGUUCUGUGAACACAAAUAAACUUGAUUUACUGUCAGCAGUCUUCUGCGUGUAUCUUUGCAAGUUGUGGUUCCCUACCUUCAGGCGCCAACCACUGGCGGGAGGAGCUGUGGCCAAGCUCCCAGCCCUCUUCCCCUUCCGGGGCCCCCGAAGUCCCUUUUCUUGGAGUCACGGACCCAGAUCCGGCCUCCAGAUGCGUAGCUCAUGCCCAGUCUGCGGCUUUCCUA